CCCCAGGACGCAUUGACACAUCGAGCUCAUCGAGGAAAGAGCAGUAGGCCACGUCAGGCAGUUAGCCCAGUUAGCGCUUCUCUCCAUAACAGCUUGUGCUGCAGCGUGUUCACCCUUUAGCGCUCCGCUUUGUGCUCCUGAAGUGCUCAUGGAAACGACAAUGGUCGAUGGGGGGGCGUCGCCGAGGCGUCUUCUGUGGGACUCCAUCACCAGGGCUGCAGAGUGCACGCCAUCGCCAUCUUUGGAUAAUUUUGACUUCUUUAAGGAAGAGCGGGAAAGCCGCCCACGUUACCUUAAGGAACUUCCAGGCUCCCUUAAUGACGAGAAGGCACCUAUUACUCCGCCAGCACAAUCUUCAAGAAACUUCGCGCGGCCGUGUCUGACGUCUGUGCCCAACGUCAUCGCCGAAAUGGUGACAGUGGCUCACUGUAAGGAGUUGCUGGAGACCGGGAUGUUUCACCCAUGUCGAAGUGGAAUCGAGUGUAACAAUCUGAACGCUAAAAUCAUCGUCGGCAGCGAUGGCGUUCUGUCGGCUAGCGUGCACGCAAGUACCCGCUGUCUUCAGGUGCAACUCCAGGGGAUGAAAGUGCUGCAGCGCUACUUCGUCUCUGUGGACGUUCCGCUUUAUGAAGAGAAAAGUGGCUCGUCUGAAGACAUCGCGUCGUAUGUGGCACCGCAGCCAAAUCUGCUCGACGGUUUCGGCUGGGCCAAGUCCACACUGCACCUCGACUUGUCUGCGCAUCUCAAAGAAAGGUUGCGGAGUUCAUCGUUUUAUGUUCGUGCGGCUCCAGCACGCGCCGACAUUUGCUACCAGCUGACGGUGCGCAUUCUCCAACUGUCGGAGGACUGCUGGCCAGUCGGUGCGAAGCCAGUGUUGAUUCAUCUCAAAGAGGGCUUCGUUCAGGAACUCCUUUCGGACAGCCACCAGACCCACCCAGUAGUGUUUCCUUGUAGAAUACAGGACGUCGCAUUCUGAGCGAGUGCACACCGGUCACUCUCACGUCGUUGGGAUCCUACAGCUUCUUUCCGGCGCCCGAGUUUCACGACAACUGUUCGUGGCAAGAAGAGGUCGGCGCAGAGGGCACGCGUGGACAGGAUUUGUUCCAGCGUCAGAUCCUGGAAGAACCGGCCGUGCGGUUCUCUUACCAGGAAAAAGCGCAGUUCCCUCGCUUUGAUAACGUAAUUGGGAACGGCUUCACACCUCAAGUCGCCUACUGUGACGACCACUUUGCUGCGGACAGGGGCCAGGCAACCUUUUUCCGAGACCUGGACAGGGAGGCCCUGCUGCGCCUAAUUCAUCUGGACCAGCGCCGUACUUCGACCACACUGCCUCCGGGGAACCGCUGGCAACAGCAUUGGCGUUGUCCCUGCGACAAGAGGCAUCAAGCGGUGCCGUUCGGCGUCGGUAUCUGCGAGGAAGAUCUCUUCGGGGGGCGCAGUGCUUGGUCACCGGCUGAGUUGAGGUCUUUUUAGCAUUGUUUUACGUAACUUUUAUUCAUUUGUAAACUUGUUUGACAAAUUUUUGUACGUGUAAUUGUUUUCUAUACUUUAGUUUGUAACGAUAUGUUUUUUAUUUUCUGACCUCACGCCGUUACGCUCGCGAUAAGCACAUCGUAGUGGCGUUUGUACUGUCGGUGUCAAAUGAAACGCUGGCGCAUGGCCGAAUAUACUUUUCUCCGCCUUCUGCAGUAAUCUUCGAUGUUGGUCGGCUGAAAGCGACGAUGCGCGCUCAAGACGGAUUGCAAUUGCUUAUUUCUUUGGUCGUUCUCUCGUUUUGUCGCUAAAGCGGCACUUCAUAAAAUCUUCCUGCCUGUCUAUACUGGUGCAGCACGAUAUUGCUCGCAGCCGGUGCGGUUGAAGUGAGAAGCUUGGCAUCAUAGAAAACAGAUGCCAUGAUAUGUCUUUUGGAAGCGCAUCUUCGAGUCCUUCAGCCAAAUAAUUUACGCGACUGUCUCUGAUGGUCACUGGUAGAUUAAGGCGCACGCUAUAUUUGGCCAUGCGCUCCACUUUUCGCAUUUCAUUUGAAGUCGACAGGAAUACCUCUUGCUUUUUUACAUUCUAAAACUUAUCGAAGGAUAUUCACUAUUCAGCCUUUCAGGAAGAAACUGAGUCGUUCUUAAAUUAGAAUUUCUUACGCAUCUUCAUUUAUGAGUUUAUCUGAAAUAAAGUAACGCCAAGUUAUUGUUUUCUCGUUUAUCAAAAAGCGCCAUGCACAA